UUUAAAACUGCAACUCUUUCUGGUCCGGAAGAGGAAUAUUGUUUCCGGAAGAAACCCGGAAGGAUCCUCAGAAACUGGGGUUUAAGGAGGAGAAGUGCCCAUCGAGAUGCUGCUGCCACUGCUGCUGUUGCUGCUACUGCUGCUGCCCUUACCGAUGCUGUGGUGGCAGAAAAGCCACAGAACCAGGAAGGCCUGGGGCCAGACACUCCAGCAUAGAAUGGCCUUAAGAGCCCUGGGCUGGGCAGCAGCCUGGGAGCAGUGGCGACUGGAGCAGAGCACAAGACACGUCCAUCAAAGUCAGAAGCAGGUGUUGCAUCGGUGUCUUCAGGGACCCCGAACCACCACCUGCCCAUUAGGGGAAAUACCAGACUUGAACAGUUUCCGGAAUCAGUUCCCUCUGGUUUGGCCUCGCCUGGACCCCUACAGCAAGACAGGAGAAACAGAUGAGGGCUUGGCAAUGCUGGAGCAUCCCCAGUCGAACUCUCCCCCCUGGGAUUCCUCACAGGUGGCGGUGCUGGGCUUCAAUUCCCUGAAACAGUCAUAUCCAGGAGCACUGAUCCCAGGAGGCACUGCCCGGUUGACCCUCACUUCCCCCUGGCCUUGCUCCCUCCCCUGGCCUCUACAGCCCCUGGCCUGGGCUUGUCCCUCUGGGGCAGGAGCAGGGGACCCUCGGACACUGAUUCUGGUAGCUCUUGGAACCAGGGGGCUGCGGGUGCUAGAGGCUGGAACAGCAACUGAGUUGCUGGAUGUCUUCUCCUGCCUUGGGGCUGACUGGGAGGAGCUGGUGGAGGCAGUGGCUGCUGGCAUGCCUGGCUUCUUGCCCCCUGCCCCUACCCGGGCAGCAGAGCUGAAAACUGAACUGGAGCAGGGACCCCAGGGACUGGCUCGAAGGCUCUGGCCCCAGCUGCAGGUGGUGGUGAUGAAGGACGCAGGGGGGCAAGACGUGGCCAAAGCCGCCUUGGGGAAUACCUGGUGCCAAGGGUUGCCUUUCUUCUCACCUGCUUAUAUAGCUGCUGGAGGUGUAAUUGGAUUGAACCUAUGCCUAGAGCAGCUAAAGCCAGGAUACCUUUUACUCCCAGGACCUCCCUUUGUGGAACUGCUCCCAGCCUGGGAAAAGAGCCAAGAGGAGGCCCCCUCCACCCUCCUACUAGGGGAGGCCCUGCUAGGGGAAGAAUAUGAGCUGGUGCUGACCAAUGAUGCUAGCCUCACCAGGUGCCCCCUGGGGGAUAUGGUCCAAGUCACUGGCUUCUACAAUCAGUGUCCUGUAGUCAGAUUUGUCCGAAGGCUGAGUCAGUCCCUCAAUGUUCGAGGUGAGGGCAUCUCUGAAGAUCUGUUCUCUGGGGCAUUGCUACAUGCCGUGGGGCUCUGGCCAGGGGCCAAAUUGUUGGACUACUGCUGUGCAGAGAGUGGCAUUCUGGGUUCCUUCUCUGAUGGCUCUGCUCCCCACUACGAAGUGUUUGUAGAACUGAGAGGGGUAAGGGGCUUGUCUGAGGACCAUCGACAUAAGCUCGAUCACUGCCUCCAGGAAGCUUCCCCCACCUACAAGUCUCUCCGUUUCCGAGGCAGUAUUGGACCUGCCCAAGUCCACCUGGUGGGCCCAGGGGGCUUUAGGGAGCUUCGUGCUCUCCUUUCCUCCUCUCCCUCACCGAUGCCCUUUUCCUCCUUUCCCCCAGGGAUGCCCCAAAUCCUGAGACAUAGAAACCUGAUCCAGUUUCUGCUAAGGAGGGUGGUGUCUUGAGUGUCCUCAGGUCCCUGCCUCCAUCUCUCUCAUAUGUCUCUGUGGAACCUCAUAGUCCAGGGGACUCUCUGAGUCUAGGAGUCACCCUAGUAUCUCUGUGCUUUCUCAGAAUGGGAAAAAAAUCUCACUUGGGAACCUUUGUGUCCAGUUUUCCUGCCCUCUAUCCAGACUAAGCGAUGCUAAUUUUAGCUUCUGGGCAGUGAAGGACUGAUAUUGGGGGCGGAUGUUGGAGGUGAGUGCACCAGGAUAGAAUGGAUAUAGGUGAAUAUCUUGCUGUUCCUUCUGUCCCCGUGCAUGAACACUGACUUAAUUUUUCAACAUAGGGACUAGGAUAGGGAUAGACAUCAGGCCUGUGAUUUCAUUAAUAUAGGGGAUCUUCUGGAUAAGGAAGGUUUACCAAUGUAGGUCAGAAUUAGAAGUAUUCUCUGCCAGGGUCACACAGCCAUUAUGUGUCCGAGGCUGGACUUGAACCCAGAUUUUCCUGACUCCAAGGCCAAUACUCUAUCUACUGUGCCACACUAUCUAUUUAUCCAUCUCUAAGAGAUAUGGUGUAAAAUCAGAAAUUAGGAAGGGCGAGUGGUGAGUCAGUCUCCCUUCUCAUAACAAGUUAGAAAGGGACCAUUCUGUCCUCCUCUCCCUUCACCUACCAUAAUGUGGAAGCAGCUCCAUCCCACUUGCCCAGGUUCUGUUUCUCAAGAGAUUGUACAGAUAAUGGCCAGGGAAGGGGGAUCCUGUAGGGGGAAGCACUGUCAGAGGUGGUAUACUCUGAGGACUGUUGCAAGCACAUAGUUUUCUGGAAUGUCAGAACUGGAAGUCUUAGAAAUUGUCUAAGCUAACGCCCUUGUUUUAGAGAAGCGGAAACUGAUUCCCAAAGAAGUUAGCGGUUUGCCAAAGGUCACACAGCUAGUUUGUGGACAAGCCAGGAGCUGAACUCUGUUCUCCAUUAUUCUUUAUUUCCAUUUCACUCCACUAUUAUUCCUUGUGCUUAGGUGUUAGGGUAGAAAUGGCGUCAAUAGUACUAAAAGACCAUAGGAAACAUAACCAGUCCCCAAGCUAGGCACAGGAGAAAGUUGUUUUAUGCCUCCAAAGAAAUCUGUCAACUAUCCAAGUCACAAUAAACUUACCCAGACCUAUA